UAUGACCGGUUGAUGAACAACAUUUUCCUUCAGUUUAUCUUGCCACGUUUAAUAAUCAACAGCUCUUCCUCAUUGCGAUAAGAAAUUAGAAUAUCAAGAGAUAAUAUUGCCAAAAUUUAAAAUUAUCACAAUGAUUGAUAAAUUGAUAUUUUUAUUUUGUAUUUCAAAUAUUAUUUUAUUUAUAUCCGCAACUCGACAUCAUCAUCGAGAUCCUUUGGCAACAAUUCGACAAGGUACAUUAAAAGGAAAAUUUCAACAGGAUAAAAAUGGUAGAAAUUUUUCAUCCUUUCUUGGAAUUCCUUACGCUCGACCUCCAAUUGGAGAACUUAGAUUCAAAAAUCCUGAACCAGGACUAACAUGGAGUGGAAUUCGUCAAGCAACCGAGGAAGCAAAUAUUUGUCCUCAAUUAGAGGAAGAAAAUAUUAAGGGCAAUGAAGAUUGUCUAUUCAUAAAUGUUCAUACACCUAUUUUAGAAUUCAAUUAUCCAAUGGAUAAUAAAAAAUUACUUCCGGUAAUGGUAUGGUUUCACGGUGGUGGAUUUUUUUGGGGAAAUGGAAAUCCCAGUUUUCUUGGUCCUAAUUUUUUACCAUCACGAAAUGUUAUUCUUGUUUCAUUGAAUUAUCGUUUGGGAAUUUUGGGAUUUUUAACAACUGGCGAUUCAGCAUCACCUGGAAAUUAUGGCCUUAAAGAUCAAGUUUUAGCACUAAAAUGGAUUCAAGAAAAUAUCAAAAAUUUCGGUGGUGAUCCAAAUCGUGUGACAAUAUUUGGCGAAAGUUCCGGUGGUGCUUCUGUACAAUUUUUGGCACUUUCCGAUAAAACUCACGGACUAUUUCAUCGUUAUAUUAUUCAAAGUGGAAAUGUAUUGGGAGCGUGGUCAUUUCGAAAAAAAGAAAAUUAUCAACCAUAUUUAGACACUGUGUCAAAAAGUGUGAGUUGUUCAAAUUCAAAUUCCGAAAUAUUUGUCAAUUGUUUAAGAAAUCAGAGUGUGGAAAAAUUAUUAAAAAUAUUAAUAGUGAAAAAUGAGGAAUAUCCACUUUUAUAUUGGCUACCAACAAAUGAACCAGAAUCGAAAGAUGCAUUUAUAACCGAUACACCAGAGAGAUUAAUGGCUCAAAAUAAAAUGAGGGAUCUUCCAUUUAUUGUUGGAUCAACAACUGAUGAAGGAUUAUUUCUAUCUUUGCUUUACUAUGCGAAUCUAACAUCAGCGUCACUUAAUGACGCAAUAAAAAAAGCAAUAACAAUAAAUGGCGAAUAUUACUUUACCAAAGAUAAAAUACCAAAAUUUAGAAAAGCAGUGACUGAUUAUUAUUUUAGUGGUUCAAUUGACUCACUUAGCAGGGAUGAGCUUCUUAAAAAUUACACGAGAUUUUUGACUGAUGCUGGAUUUUUUUAUCCACAAAUAAAGUUUCUUGAAAAAAUGUCUACAUACGCACAAAGUUCAUUUUAUUCUUAUUUAUUUGGUUAUCGUGGUAAUAAUAGUUAUACAAAUUUAAUUUAUAAAGUUAAAGAAAAUGUUGGCGUCAUGCAUUCGGAUGAAUUACUUUAUCUUUUCUCUGGCAUUCCAAUGUCAUGGAUGACACAAGACGAUGAGAAAAUUGUUAAUUUAAUGCUGGAUUUAUGGACAUCGUUUGCAAAAAAUAGCAUACCAAAAUCGCAUGAGAUAACAAAUCAUCAUCUUUGGCAACCUUAUAAACGAUGUCAUGCUCAUCUUAGAAUUGGAGAUAUUAAUAAUAAUAAAAUUCCAUCUGUGACUCUUCAACGUGAAUUUUAUCCAGAUGCAAUGAAUUUUUGGAGAAAGACACUUCCAAUUUUAUAAAAUUUUGUUUUCGAAUUUCAAAAAAUUAAAAACAAAACAAAUUAUUCAUUUUGCUUUCUCAUAAAGUACCUAUUUGUAUAUUUGAAUAAUAAAAAUAAAAUUUACAAUUGACAA